AUGUCGCUCGACCGCGUGGACGCCGAUGAUGACCCAUCAUCGUCCACCGAUGACGACGGUUUCCCUCCCGGCGUGUCCCUGGGCACGACGCACGGUGGCGUCCGAGUGUUGCAAAUCGAUGACCAUCCAGAAGACAAACCAAAGUGCGCGAAAAAGCUUCAACAUCCCGCGAGUGGAAGCGAAAUCACGCUCAUCGGAAGCGCGCACGUCUCAGAGGCGUCCGCACGCGAGGUAUCGCGCGCGAUUCUAGAGGGUAAACCAGAUUUGGUGGUCAUCGAACUCGACGGGGACAGAUUGAAGAGUUUGUUGCGGAGCGCGAGCGAAGACCGACCCGCGAUGCACGCGGCGAGGCGAGUGGCGAGCGUGCGUGAGGCGUUCAACACGCUGGUGAAUGGACAAUUGGCGAUCGUGGCGGGGAGUUUGGGGUACUCGACGAUCGGGGCGGUGUUGGACACGCGGCCCGGGGCAGAGUUCAUAGCUGCGGUGGAAGCGGCGCGGGACGUCGGCGCGACUGUGGUUCUUGGAGAUAGGAAUCAGCGAGCAACGGUGGGGAGGUUGAUGGCGCGUGUGCGACGUGGAUCAACGCUGUUCGAUGAGCUGGCCAAAACUGGAGAGUUUUUGGGGGGGGAGACGGAUUUGGCGCGCGCCGACGCGGCGACGAAGCGAAGCGGCGUGCAAAAGGCAAAGCAUAUAUUGGAGAAGGCUGGAUGUGAACAUAGCGAGGCGGUCAUUAAAUCCGCGCUAGAAAUUUUAGACAGCGGCAUGAGAGGCAUACCGGUACGCGUGGAUGAUUUGAUGCGCGUGCGAAAGUGUGCUCGUAGGGUUGUCGAGUACGUGCGAGUUGAGUCGUUCAAUGGCAACCCGACGUUCAGUCCCGGAUUAUCAAAGGUCGAUAGCGCCAAAAAGAUGAGCAUCAUGGAUUGGGCGACGGCUGAAACGGUUAUUCGAGAGCGUGAUUUGAUCUUGGCGACGGCACUACAACGGGACCCCACGGCAUCGAGUGUCGUCGGCGUUGUGGGAGCCGGUCACAUCGCGGGCAUCCAGCAACUCUGGGACGAAGUUGAAAGCUCGGAAUCGCGCGCAAAGUUCAACGAAUAUCUGAACGAAUGGCCGACAGACGCAAAACCAGUCGACUAUACUAACAGAAUUUUGUCCGGCGUGUUCGGUGCUGCCGCGUUCACUACGAUACUCCGUCGGGGAUCUGCCGGGGCGGUGAAAUUCGCCGGCGCGUUGGUUGGAUCGAUGUUGACGCUCGGCGCCGUCGGGACGUAUAUGGGUGCUUCUGGAUUAGUCGCGCUUGGCCGUGUCGCCGUCGCGAUAGAAGAUGCAUCAAUUCGCGCGGCUGAGCUUGGAAAUCGCGAAGACUCGGCUCGGGCGAAGGGAGCAUUUUCAAACAUGAUUGUUCGAGACGCGGCUGUGCCAUAUAAGGAAUAA